AUGACGGUGGCCAUAAUUGCCCCUGCUAUAGCCGGAUCUCCGGCCAUCGAAAAGACUGUGAGGGGUAGGGGGUUUGUUCUGGCUGUCAUAGGUGGCUUAGGCAUCAUCGGGAUUUAUUUCUCACCCCGACGUGUCCUUUCCGAGUUUGAGCAGAUGCUCACAGAAGUUGGAGCCCUGAUAGGUCAGAUAUCCCCUAUCCCGGUGCUGGUCGCUAGGGAUUUCAAUGCAAAGUCAAUGGCAUGGGGAUCACCAGCGACAGACGUCCGGGAGGAGGUGCUGGAAGAGUGGGCGAUCUCUAUGAGGUUGACUGUCCUCAACACCGGGUCGGAGAGUACAUGCGUGAGGCCCCAAGGGGAGUCCAUCGUGGACGUUACCUUUGUGUCCAACGCCUUGGCCCGCCGUGUACAAAAUUGGAAGGUGGAGAUUGGCACAGAGACGCUAUCGGAUCACCGAUAUGUCCAGUUUGAUGUCACAACCCUGCCCGCCACCCCCAGACAAAACCGACCCGCUGUGGGGGACAGUCCAAGGUGGAUGGUGUCAAAGCUUGACAGACAGAUCGCAAAGUAG